AUGGCUUCCUUUACAGUCUUCAAGGGAUCGAAGGGCGGCAUGGUGGUGGAGAGCUCUUCUCCCAGACCAGAUCAGUUGAGGGGUGAUAAAGUAUUGGUAAGAAUCACGGCGUCGGGAUUGUGUGGUACCGAUCUUCACUAUCUGGACCAAGACAUGGUCCUUGGCCACGAAGGAGUUGGCAUCGUCGAGGCCGUCGGCCCGGACUCCAAGUUCCUGAAGAAAGGCGACCGCGUCGGCUUUGGGUACGAGCAUGAUAGCUGUGGUAACUGCCACCAAUGUCUCACAGGCAACGAGACGUAUUGCUUAAACCGCGCCAUCUACGGCUCUCCCAACGUCGACCAGGGCAGCUUUGCCUCCCACGCCAUCAUGCGCGAAUCUUUCUUGCACCAGAUCCCGGAGGGCAUGAGCGACGUCGACGCGGCCCCUUUGCAAUGCGCGGGGGCUACCGUAUUUUCCGUUCUACGGGCUCCGGAGGGCGGGCCUACUGAAACGAUUGGUGUCAUGGGACUAGGCGGCCUCGGCCACCUAGCAAUCCAAUUUGCCGCCAAGAUGGGGAACCGCGUCAUCGUCCUGUCGAGCUCCGACAGCAAGCGUGACGAGGCCCUGAAGCUCGGCGCGCACGAGUUCGUAGCGACCCGGGGGCAAAAGACGCUGCGCGUUUCGUCGCCGAUCAACCGGCUCCUCGUGACGACGUCCGCGCAGCCGGACUGGGAGCAGAUCCUGCCGAUCAUGGCUCCCAGGUCCGUCAUCGCGCCGCUCUCCGUCGCCGAGGGCAACUUCGAGAUCCCGUACAUGCCCCUCGUGCUCCAGGGCAUCGCCGUGCGCGGGUCCCUCGUCGCGCCGAGGAACCUGCAUCGCGAGAUGCUCGCGUUCGCGGCGCUGCACGGCAUCAGGCCUGUGACGGAGGUUUUCCCGCUGACGGAGGAGGGGAUUAGGGAGGCGGUUGGGAGGUUGAGGCGUGGGGAGGUGCAUCUUAGGGCGGUGCUUACGGCGGUGUAA